UUACCUCCCUUAGGGUAACUCUCCAAUAUUUCACACGUGUGGUAGGCUAGUUUCAUUUUUAACGGAGAGACUUUAAUCAUGAGUUUUGCAAGAUAUAAAAAGAAAAUAGAGGAAGGAGAUACAAUUAUUCUUUAUCUCGGCUAUGAAAACAUGCAUGCUGUGACCAUGAAGAGGGGCCAAACGUUCCAGACUAAGUACGGAGCUAUGAGACACGCCGAUGUUAUAGGAAAGGACUACGGAAGUAAGGUACAGUGUCCCAAGGGAUACCUGUACGUACUCCAGCCGACUCCAGAGCUAUGGACUCAGAAUCUCCCACACAGAACACAGAUCCUCUACUCCACAGACAUCAGUGUCGUCACCAUGCAGCUCGAUCUGAAACCAGGAUCAGUCGUCGUGGAAUCGGGAACUGGAAGCGGUUCAUUAUCUCAUUCCAUCAUCCGGUCCAUUGCUCCUACGGGACAUCUCCACACAUUUGAGUUUCACCAGCAGAGAGCGGAGAAGGCGGAAGAGGAGUUUGUGGAGCACGGUUUGAAGGAGUAUGUAACGGUCACACACAGAGAUGUGUGCCAGGAUGGAUUUGGCCUGGAAAAUGUCGCAGAUGCCGUAUUUCUCGAUCUACCCCGUCCUUGGGAGGCUAUGGCUAGUGCUAAAACUGCCAUCAAAGUCACAGGUGGGAGACUUUGCUCCUUCUCACCAUGCAUAGAACAAGUACAGAAGUCCAGUGAUUUCCUGAGAGAUCUUGGGUUUGAGGAGGUGACCACCAUGGAGUGUUUAUUACGUAACUUUGAUGUGAGGACUAUUAAUUUACCUUUGGCAGACUUAGGUCCAACAGAACGCCCCAGUAAAGAUGACCUGUCUCAAAACACAGAUAAAGAGGAAGAUACUGAACAAACUGAUAGCCCAGUAAAGAAGUUAAAAUCAGCUAAUAGUCACUCAACACCUCAACGUGAAAAUAAAAAUGUGCCACAAAGUUUUGAUAUCAUUGGAAGAAAGGAAAAUGACAGCUUCUUUUUCAAGACUGGAGUGACACCUAACCAGAUGCCAGGACAUACUGGGUUCCUUACAUUUGCGACAUUGUUCCCAUCAUAAAUAAAUAUCUAUUGUAUUGUU